AUAUGCCCUAGUUUCCCGUGCAUAUUUAAACCCCGUGCCAGUGUUUGGGGGGCCAGACAAUACCAGUUGGCGAGGUACGGCUCCAGUUCCACAGUAGACACAGAACCACACACACAGCCCAGUAGGACCAUGUGGCAGGCGGCAGGCAAAUUCUCCGGGAAUAUCGUCAGGAAAAGGCUCUCUCGUGCCGACAGACUGUUUUCUACCAUCUACAAGCUCACGACUCUCCAGAAACCACAGACGAGAGCAUUAAAAACUACAUCAGCUAAUUCGACCCCGAUCGGCAGAAAACCGGUCCCAGACAUGGGAGCCAAUCAGAGCCGAGCUAUCUACGCCGCGUCGUUUGCAGUGGCGGGAGCGGGGCUUCUAUAUCGCUCUGGGGCCAGGGCUGCAAUGCUGGCUACGUCCACUAGAGGUCUCUUCAGCUGGAGUUGGAUCAAGAUCUUCAAAGACAACAUGAUCGGAGGGAUCAACGCUUCGUCAAGAAAGAAUGGAAAAUCCGAGCCCGCGGCACCACCAGUUGAGGCGGCUAAGCCAGCCGAGCCAGUCCCGGAACCAGUAGCUGAACCAGUCCCGGAACCAGUCGCGGAAGCUGUCGUGGAGAAACCAGCUGUUCAGCAGGUUGUGGCGGAAGCUGUCGUGGAGAUCGCGAAGCCGGUAGAGGCUCCGGAAGCUGUGGUAGUGGCUGAGGCCCUCGUUGUAGAGGAAGUUGCUGCAGUUGCUGCGGACGUUUCCGCCGCUGCCCCGGAAGUAGUUCCAGAGGUCGUUGCUGCACCAGAAGCAGUUUCAGAGGUCGUGGCCGAGGUCGCAGUGCCAGUGAAGGAGGAGGUGACCGCUGAGGUUGGUUGGUUGGUUCGCCCCGCCGAGGAUUCGGUAGCACGGAUGCUAAGGAAAGAUGAUAGGGUAGCGGAAGUGGUGGAGGCGGUACCGGAAGUUGCACAGGAAGCCCCAGCGGUGGAAACUUCCGCACCAGUUGCAGAGGUUGUCGUGGAAGAAGUAUCGGCGGUUGUUGAAGAGGUUGCCGCGGCAGCUCCAGAGGUGGCGACUGCUCCGGAAGUAGUCGCAGAGGUCAAAGAAGAGCUUGCACCUGCUCCGGAAGCAGUUGUAGAGGUCGUGGAAGAGGUGGCACCUGCUCCGGAAGCAGUUGUAGAGGUCGUGGAGGAGGUGGUUCCUUCUCCGGAAGCAGUUGCGGAGGUCGUGGAGGAAGUGGCUGCUGCACCGGAAGCAGUUCCAGAGGUUAAGGAAGAAGUGGCUGCUGCCCCGGAAGCAGUUCCAGAGGUUAAGGAAGAAGUUGCUGCUAUAGUACAGGAAGUUCCAGAGGCCAAAGAGGAAGUUGCGAAAGUAGUUCCGGAAGUCAAAGAAGAAGCCGUGGUGGAACCAGUGGUGGAAGAAGCCCCGGCAGCUGAAGCACCUACUGUCGUUGCGGAAGCCGAAGAGGCCGCGCCGGCUGAGCAAGCAGUUGUAGCUGAACCCGAACCCGAGCCGACAGUGGUUGCUGACGAGGCACCGGCGGCGGUCGAGGAGGCACCUGCGGCGGUCGAGGAGGCACCUGCGGCCGUCGCUGCAGAAGAGCCCGCUGCUGCAGCACCAGAAUCACCUGCAGAAGUCCCAGUCGUCGAAGUUCCCGCUGAAAACGGUGUUUCCGAAGAAGCGCCACCUGCCGAAAUCCUCACCGACAAAAAGUCCGCCCUAGCGGAUGCAGUACCGUCAAAGGCGACAGAGGGCGCCGCCGCCUCAUGAGUUGCUACAUCACAUCAUGUCAUGUAGAUAGAAAAAUGUUGUAAUUCAUUCUCGUGCGAUUGUUAAAGCACACAUUUAACAUGUAGAUAAGCUAUGCAAUCCGCUGGGAGUCAGUUUGUUUUCUAAAGUAUUUUUUUCCAUCCAUUUCUGGGAGCAGUGAUUCACGAGUAAUAUAAAGGAAAGUUGACAGGAUAUUUCUGUUAGAAUUUCUUUGCUUGUACGAUUUUUUGCAUAUCAAAUAUCUUCAGCUAUAUGUACUACACUCGAUCAGUAGGUUUUACUGAUUCCUUGUAUUUCUUUAUAUUUUUCUGAGAUGUACACCAAGAAAACUUAACAAUUAGUAAUGAACAAUCGAUAAAGGUGUCUCGAUAAAAGGGGAAGAAUAAGAGGGCUUGCCCAUUUAUGUGUGGAUAUGCCAAGAGGAAGACUGUUUAAGAAAACAGAAGAAAAAAACAAAAAACAGAAGGAUAGUUUGAUCAAACUGUACCAUUUGAUCAGUUAUGUUUGGAACACUACACGCACGGGUUUCUAAAAGGGUUUUUGGAUGGGAAAAGGGGGAGGGCAGUUCUAGGGUUCCAUGCCGCUUGAUUACGUCAAUUAUGGAGGAAAAAAGUGCACACUUGAAAAUGGAAAUUUUAUUCAUUUGAACUACUGUUAGUGAAACAGAUGUCUUUUUAAGAAUAAAGAAAAUAUUUAGAGUGAUUGUCA